AUGGCGUUGAAGCAUCAGCUUCGACAUUCUGAGCAGUCAGAAGGCUGUAUCAUGCGGUUUUUGACCGAAUUGGAGGACAACAUCACAGAUGCCAACGAAAUAAUCAGAGACGGAAGGAUACCCUACGACGAGCUGGAUUUCUCGGACAGCGAUGCCUCCCAUUCUAGCCUGGCUGACUCCGCCGACGGGCGGACUGAGCUUGAGCAGAUCAUUGAUGACAUAGCUGACAUUGUGACAGGUCUGUUCGACCUGACAAGAUUUGUCAGUCGUGCAUGCCCCAGUGACCUAGCGAUCAAAGCAUCAAAUCUGAAUAUGACGCGCUUCAACCUAAGUGAUGAAAACGAGGCCUUAAUCGAAUUCCCAGGGGCGAGUCGCGAGAUUAUCAACCGCUUGAUCGAAGCGAGUCACAGGCGAAGACAAAUAUUAACAUAUUUGCACGAAAUCGAGCCGACUCAUUCAGACGCAGACUCGAAGGCAGAUAGGUUCCGUCUCUCCAGACCAAAAUUGGUGGAGGGACUGGUCCCAGAUACCGCAUCAGAAAGCGACGAUGAAAAGCGGAAACAAAGCUACCUACAGAUGGGCGCUUACCCUUACCACAUUGAGAUACCUCGAGUGACAGAUCUGGAAUCAUGGAGCCUCUGGAGCUCUUCGACAGCCAAGUGGAGUGGCUUCAACACGAAAGGUCACACAGGAGAGAAUGGAGAUGCAGACGAUGUUCUUGGCUUUCCCGACUCUCAAUCGCGUGACGGAGCAACCCAGCAGCUCCAGGGACCGGAGAAUGACUUUCUUGAUGCAGCGAACAGUGGAGAUAUGGCGCAGGUUAAGACCCUCUACACCCAGAUUCGCAGCGAGGGGAACCCCAAUCGCCAAGAACUUGGCCGCAAAGCGCUCUUGGAAGGCUCUAAAACCGGUCACACUGGGCUAGUGGAGUUCCUGUUGGAGGAAGGGCAAAUACUCUCGGAUUUCAGCGAUACAAGAGGUCGAACACCUCUUUGGUGGGCUGCCGAGAAUGGUCACGCUGAGGUUGUACGACUUCUGAUUCAGGAUCCGACAGGGUAUAUCGACGAAACGGAUGAAUCCAAUGACACAGCUCUAUCGCGGACUGUCGAGAAAGGAUCCGCUGACGUCGUUCAGAUGCUCGUGGAGAGCAAGGCGGUAGUCAGGUUCGCCCAUAUUUAUAAAGCUGCCAAGAACGACCACAAAGACAUCCUUCGUUAUCUACUGACAUAUGCAGAGGAUGCCAAUGAGGGGAACCGUAAUUACGCGGAACACCUACUCCAUGGAAGUGCUUUUUACGACUUGCCGGAACUCAUGACCAAAGUGCUGGCCCUUGGCGUAAAUGUCAACGCUGUCGACCGCCAGAGUCGAACAGCCCUCCACGAAAGUGCCACGUCAGGCUCUGCGAGAACCGCCGAUAUACUGCUAAAUCAGGGCGCGGAUGUGAAUUCGCUUGACCAAGGCCGCCAAACACCAAUCUGGAUUGCAGCGACUUCUGGGCACACGGAAGUAGUACGUCUUAUGCUCCAACGACCCCACGAAGUCUCCGUUUCCUUCCUAGACUACGUUGAUGAGCUGUUGAAUAGAGUCCCAGGUACGAGGCAAAAUACGAUCUACGCCCUUCUCGCCGCAAAGAAAUCCGCGCUCUUGGCAGAAAAUCCCCGGCGGAGACUAAAUACUUCAUGGACCGAUACUUCGCGGACCGAUACUUCGUGGACCAAUACUUCGUGGACCGGCACCACUAGAGCGAACCCCGAUACACGCCCUUGGCUGCGCACAAAUCCUACUCACUACGGCCAUUGA